GUUCUGUAUAGUUCACUCCCUCAUUCUUCUUUCUAAAGUACCCUUCAACAAUUUAUAAAAUCCCCGGGAACUCCCAACUUCCCUGUGGUCCGCCAUUGAAGAUCUCUGCUUCUUCAAUUUCUCUUCUACAUUGCAGAGUUCACAACCAUUGGAUUUCUCUCUCUGAUUUGCAAUUCAGUUUCCUUUUAAUCUUCCAUUACCAUUUUUUCUGUCAGACUCCAAUUUUUUUUUUUUUUUUGACAAUUUCACACCAUCUCUCAUGCUCUCUCUCCUAUCCACCACAACCAGCUGACAAUCGAACUCGGUCUCAAGAAAAAUUCUACGAAGUGCAAUGGCAUUGCCGAAGCAGGGUGUGAUUGCUUUGUUUGAUGUUGAUGGGACUCUUACAGCUCCAAGAAAGGAUUCUACACCACAAAUGUUGGAGUUUAUGCGUGAACUAAGAAAGGUUGUGACCGUUGGUGUUGUUGGAGGAUCAGACUUCAGUAAGGUCAAUGAGCAGCUUGGGAAGACAGUUCUUGAUGAUUAUGAUUAUGUAUUCACUGAAAAUGGCCUUGUUGCUCAUAAAGGUGGGAAGCUUAUUGGUACCCAGAACUUGAAGUCCUUUCUUGGGGAAGAGCAACUCAAGGAAUUUAUCAAUUUUACACUUCAUUAUAUUGCCGACUUAGACAUCCCAAUAAAGAGGGGAACAUUUAUAGAGUUCCGAAAUGGGAUGCUCAAUGUAUCACCAAUAGGAAGAAAUUGCAGCCAAGAAGAAAGGGAUGAAUUUGAAAAAUAUGACAAGAUUCAUAAUAUACGCCCAAAAAUGAUCUCUGUACUCCAGGAGAAGUUUGCUCAUCUUAACCUCACAUUUUCAAUAGGAGGACAAAUCAGUUUCGAUGUUUUUCCACAUGGUUGGGAUAAAACAUACUGCUUGAGGUACCUGGAUGAUUUUCCAGAAAUCCAUUUCUUCGGUGACAAAACUUACAAGGGAGGCAAUGACCAUGAAAUUUAUGAAUCCGAACGAACUAUAGGUCAUACAGUAACAAGUCCUGAAGAUACAGUGGAACAGUGUAAAGCUCUAUUCUUAGUGAAAUCCUGAGCAGCAAACAUUUUCUCUUUAUUGGGUUGUGAAAUUUAUGGUUUAUUUUGUAAUUUUGAACGAUAAUAAUUGAGCAGAAAUGUAUGCUGAAAUAUGUAUCCACAGAAUUACAAUUUCUAAAGAGACAGUAAUAUGGUGGUUGAAUAGUGGUUGUAAUAUUUUUUGAUCUAGAAUUCCUAAAUGUUGUAUUUUAUUAUUAUAUCCUUAUGGGAGCAUAAAAAAGCCUUAACGUCUUUUUAUUUUUA